CCUCAGAGUUCCACAGUUCUGUGUACAGACAGGAUGUAAGAAAAGAACCAGGGGCUCCAGGCAGAGAUCUGCAAGUUACAGGCAAAGAGGGAAGCAGGCUCCUGUGAACAACACAGGCCCAGGCGGAGGGUCGGAGGAGGAGGCCAAGGCCUGGGUUCCUAGUUCUGUCAUUAAUUAACUAAAGUGGAUCAAAUGAGGAGGUGAAAGUUCACACAGGAGCAGGGCACUCCUGUCACCUUGGACUGGGUCCCCAUCCCACCACCCGGCGUCCCGGUCUAGGCGGAGUUCACAGGGACCUUGUGAAGAAUCAGCAGGGCAAGGGCCAGAGGAGUCACGUGUCCCUCCUGCUUCAGGUUGCCCAGUCAGGAUGGGGAUGCCCCAGCCCUGGGUCCUCAGCCUCUUGCUGGUCCUCCUGCCUCGGACCUGGGGUGCAGAUACCCGUCCCCCACUGCUGUACCACCUCACGGCUGUGUCCAACCCAUCCAAGGGCAGUCCCUCCUUCUGGGCCACGGGUUGGCUGGGCCCUCAGCAGUACCUGAGUUAUGAUAGUCUGCGCCAGGAGGCUCAGCCCUGCGGGGCUUGGGUGUGGGAAAACCAAGUGUCCUGGUACUGGGAGAAGGAGACCGUGGACCUCAGAAGCAAACAGGAGCUCUUCCUGAAGGCCCUCGGAGCCCUGGAAACCCAGAUUAGUGGGCAGGAAGGUGACUUCACACUACAGGGCCUGCUGGGCUGUGAACUGAACCCCAACAAUUCUUCAUUACCCACGGCUGUGUUCGCCCUCAAUGGCGAGACCUUUAUGGAGUUCAACCCAAGCAUUGGCAACUGGAGUGGGGAGUGGCCUGAGACGGAGCUCGUUGGUAAUCUGUGGAUGAAGCUGCCUGAGGUGGCCAAGAAGGAGAGCGAGUUCUUGCUGACUUCCUGCCCUGAGCGGCUGCUAGGCCACCUGGAGAGGGGCCUUCAGUACCUGGAGUGGAAGGAGCCACCCUCCAUGCGCUUGAAGGCCCGUCCUGGCAACUCUGGCUCCUCCCUGCUGACCUGUGCUGCUUUCUCCUUCUACCCCCCUGAGCUGAAGCUUCGGUUCCUGCGGAGUGGGCUGGCCGCAGGCUCUGGGAACAGCAGCUUUGGUCCCAACGGUGACGGCUCUUUCUACGCCUCGUCAUUGUUGGAGGUCAGAAGAGGAGAUGAACACCAUUACCAGUGCCAGGUGGAGCACAAGGGGCUACAACAGCCUCUCACUGUGGACCUAGAUGCUCCAGCCAGAUCUUCGGUGCCUGUGGUCGGAAUCAUUCUUGGCUUCUUGGUGGUCUUAGUGGCUGCUGCAGGGGGCGUGCUGCUGUGGCACAGGAUGCGCAGCGGACUGCCAGCCCCAUGGCUCUCCCUCAGCGGCGAUGACUCAGGUGACCUGCUACCCGGUGGCAACUUGCCCCCUGAGGCUGACCCUCAGGGUGCAAACACCAUUCCAGCCACUUCCUGAUGCCAACUCAGGCCGCCAAUACCCAUUGCAGCAUUUGGUGCUGUGUGACCUCCUGAACUCCUGGCGUCUCUGAGCCUCCUGAGGGAGCCCUGGGCCGGAUGUCCUCCCUGUGGACACCCCCUUUUGUGUACUGCCUCAGUUUCCCUUCCUAAUGUACAUGGCUCUUUUCCAUCUCCACAUAAAUUUGGGCCCAAA